AUGUAUAUAAGAAGGAAGCGACUGCAGCUUAGGAGGGUUUUGUUUCUUCUCUCUGGGGUUUUUCUCUGUACCCUCUAUCAGCUGACCGCCAGUGCCAGACUGCACAAACCUUUUCCCCUGCCUCAGGUUGGAGAGGAUUUUGGAGAAGGUUCAACAGAGGAGGUUGAGGAGACUACAGCAGAGACUCGGGGGCGAGAGAAGGUUCUCACUGCAACACAUGGAUUGGAGAACGCAGAUCAAACAACACCAGAUAUGCUUGUGGUUGAUUCUUUUGUUACCACUUCAGAUUUGAAUGCAUCCAUCACCACUGAAUCUCCGAUAUCCUCAACCACAAAACGGACUUUUGUGCAUUGCAUCUUUGUGGCCCCUGAUCCUCCACUGGAGACCCCGGCACCAGCUCCAGCCCCUCCUGUGACAACCUCCACUCCUUCUCCUCCUGGUGAAGCUCCUCACAUUAAGGGGGAGUACCCUGAAGAUAUAUUUUCUGUUGAAGACCGCAGACGAGGUUGGGUGAUCCUUCACGUUAUUGGGAUGAUGUACAUGUUCAUGUCACUUGCGAUCGUUUGUGAUGAGUUCUUUGUUCCUGCUCUGGGAGUAAUCACAGACAAGUUAGCCAUCUCUGACGAUGUGGCAGGAGCCACCUUCAUGGCUGCUGGUGGCUCUGCUCCUGAGCUUUUCACCUCCUUGAUUGGGGUCUUCAUCGCCCACAGUAACGUGGGCAUCGGCACCAUUGUUGGCUCAGCAGUUUUCAACAUUUUGUUUGUGAUUGGAAUGUGUGCUUUAUUUUCGCGAGAGGUUCUUCGUCUAACCUGGUGGCCACUUUUCAGAGACGUGUCCUUCUACAUAUUCGACCUCAUCUUACUCAUCAUCUUCUUCUUGGAUAAUGUGAUAAUGUGGUGGGAGAGCAUGAUGCUGGUGACCAGUUACUCUCUCUACGUGAUCUUCAUGAAGUUUAAUGUGCAGAUAGAGCGAGCCUUCAAGACCCAACUCCACAAACACAAGAACAUUGUCAGAAUUAUAGCUGUGGAGGAAUCUGAGAAGAUAAAUGGGAACGCAGACGAUAAUGCCCCUCCUCCUCCUCCUCCAGAUGACAAGAAUCGAUUAAAGUUGAAGCCUUCCCUUCAGCGAGGGGGAAGUUCAGCUUCUUUACACAACAGCACCAUGAGAAACACCAUCUUCCAGCUCAUGAUCCACACAUUAGACCCUCUGGGGGAGGGGAAAUUUAAGGAUAAGGCUGACACUCUGAAUAAUGUGGCUAGACGGACAGCAGAGAGAAAAAUUCAGGACAAAAGUGAAGAUGCUGUGGGGAAAACAGAGCAGACAGAAGAGUCAGAGGCUGCCCCCGCUGCAGAAACGAAGAAGAAGGAGCAGCCAGAGGACAAGAAGGUACUCUCCAACCACAUGCUGAAGGUUAUCAAAAAGCCCAGAAGAUCAGGAGACUCAGGAGACUCUGACAGUGAUGAUGACGAUGAAGACAGUGAAGAAGACAGCGAUGAGUCCAGUGAAGACGAAAGUGAGGAGGAGGAGAAAGGAGAGGAGCCUCUGUCUUUAAACUGGCCUGACACACCACUGAAACAAGCCACCUACCUCCUCCUGCUGCCCAUAAUCUUCCCUCUGUGGCUCACUGUUCCAGAUGUCCGCAACCAGAAAUCCAGAAAAUUCUUUGCGUUCACUUUCCUGGGCUCCAUUCUGUGGAUUGGUGUUUUCUCCUACCUCAUGGUGUGGUGGGCCCACCAGGUGGGUGAGACCAUCGGCAUCUCAGAGGAAAUUAUGGGUCUGACGAUUCUGGCUGCAGGGACAUCCAUCCCCGACCUCAUCACCAGUGUGAUUGUGGCACGUAAAGGCCUGGGGGACAUGGCUGUGUCCAGCUCUGUGGGCAGUAACAUCUUUGACAUAACUGUGGGUCUUCCAGUCCCAUGGCUCCUGUACUCGUCCUUUCACGACUUUGCUCCAGUGGCUGUCAGCAGCAAUGGACUCUUCUGUGCUAUUGUGCUUCUCUUCAUCAUGCUCCUCUUUGUCAUCAUCUCAAUUGCAUCCUGCAAGUGGAGUAUGAAUAAGGCUCUGGGUUUCACCAUGUUCCUGCUCUACUUUAUCUUCCUGGUUCUUAGUGUGAUGCUGGAGGAUCGCAUCAUUACCUGCCCUGUGUCCAUCUGAGGGUGUGAUCAGAAAGAGACUUUUAAUUCCUACAUGUGCUGAUCUCAUGAAGGAUGGAC